AGGGUUGCGAAGCUGCGGUUCCUGAUGCAACACACUGCUCCCCAGCCUCGCUAAGGAUUGGUUCGUUUCUUUGCUGUUCUGUUUGCUGUUAUUGUCGUUUACGCAGCUGCUAUUUUUGUUAGCGAUGGUGGCGUUGCUCUCGCGCUGUUGUUAGGAUUCCCUAUGCAUUCUUUGGCAUCUGUGACAUCUUUCUUGAACGAUCGAGAGGAGCUGACGAUUUGUCAGAAUGCCGUUGUGGGGAAGGGGGGGGGCACUGGCUUCACUGGAUUGCAUGGAGGGCCAACGAGCAACGGCCUAUCCUGCGCUUCUUGGCUCUUCUUGGACUUGCUCUGCUCGCCGCUCCGGCCGACUCUUCCACCUGCAAAUCCUUGACUUGUUGCAUUUUAGUUUGUUUGGUUUCCCAUGCCCCCUCUGUGCAUUUGCGUUGUCCAUGCCACUUCUAUUCGCAUCAGAUCGAGAGUCCAUGGCUGUGCCUUCCCCUCCCUCCCUCCCCUUUCUCCUUCUGCAUUUGCAGCAUCAACCCGGGGCUGCCGAUUACUCUUUCUUGACAUGCCCACUGUUGCCAAUCGAACUUUCCCACUUCCUUUUCCCCAUCACUCUUCCCUGCCGUUUGGAUCGAACGGCAUCGGUUUCGUAUUCGGAACGAGCCUCUUUCUGGAUUCCCACCACGACGCUCCCUCAACCCGCCCUCUCCUUUUAUCUUUCUUCGGGCGGGGGGGGGCUCAGUGUUCGACAGAUGGUCGCUUUCCCUGAGGAGUACAAAUCUUAGUUGAUAUUGUUAAUGCUUGGGACAUUCCCAGCUCUGAAU